AGGUAGAGGUCGCUAUAACCGGGCCAUUGGGGCUUCUGGGGUUCGGAGUGGCAACGAUGUUUAAGAGUUUUGUCUGGGCUGGUAUCGCUGAGGAGAACACCUUCAUGCUUGCGGCUGUUUUGGGAAUAGUUUACGGCGGGUUAACGCAGCUGCUAGCCGGUCUGUGGGAGCUUUACCGAGGGAACACCUUCGUUGCAACAGCGUGUGUCAACUACGGCGUCUUCUGGCUGGGGAUUGGCUUGUUCGAUAUUCUGCAGUUCACUGGCAGUGUAACUGUAGAUGAAAUGCCCUGGGGCUACUUCCUGUGGUCCAUGAUAUGGAUGGUACACACGCUGAUGCUGUUGGCGUGUUUGCGCUAUACCUAUCGCAUGCUGCAGCUCACCUACAUUCUCUCUGCGACCCUUUUUUUGGUCCUUGCUCUGGCCAACUUUUAUCCGCUCCUCUGGACCAUCGGCGGCUAUAUUGGCAUCGCACUCGGUGCCUCGGCAUGGUAUAGUGGAUGGGCCGAAAUUAUGAACUCGAUCUACGGGCGAGAAGUAGUGCCCAUCUGGCCUUGCCCUAAACCGCCGACGAAAGAGCGUUUAUUAUAGUACCGCUGGGAUACAUGAAUAUAGUAGAAUUAUUGGGGGAUUUAAAGGGCCCACUCAUGGUAUGGUGGUGUACUUUUUGAUAUAAUAGAAGACGUAGAGGGGCAGCAUCAGACCCGAUAAAUCCAUCAGGUGAAGUUUACGCGCUCACUGACACAAUCACUGAAUAAAUAUUAGACAAGUCCA